AUGCGUCACGGCGAGAGUCCAGCAAUUCUGUUCAUCAUGACGGUGCUGAGUCACCUAACGAUGUUACCUACGCCCUACCUUUUCUACCGACGCAACUACAUAUUUGAGUUCUGCUGUGCGGUGUUUGGCCUCCUGGCCUCCUUUAUGUACCACACGACGGAAAGCUUUGGGACCGCCAUCUUUCUCACUGAGAUUGAGUGGCACCGCCUCGACAACGUCGGUGUCAUCUCGAUGAUGGGCAUCUGGUAUGUCUAUUUGUGCUGCUUUCAGAACCCUUUCGUGGACAUGUCCUGCAAAUGCUUCUGCGUCUUUUUCACCCUCGUAGUGCAGCAGAAAAACCCGUGGGACAUUCGGCUCACUGUAUCCCCAAUUCUUCUAUUCAGCCUGUUUCCCAUCGUGAAACACUGCCUAGUUGAGCAGCGUCCUCCCUCUAUUAGUGGUAAGCAUCUCGCCUAUGGUUUGCUCUGUUCCUGCAUUGGUAUAAUCUUCUUUAUCCUUGGACUUAACGAGCACGCCGACCGUUACCGCCUGUACCACAGCGCAUGGCACUUUUUCGCAGGCCUGUCCGCCUUUUUCUUUUGGGUAAUGGUCAAGGCUCCUGGAUGUACUGGCAGCUACGGCCACCACCGACACGAUUUCGUCGUCCGUGGCGGUGCCAUAAUGUAG